AUGUCUCGACGGCCCAACCCUGCCGCUGAUCGGGCGGAACAGAAUCGGGCGACGUUGAAGAACUUGGUCAAGCUCGAAGGCAACAAGACAUGCUCAGACUGCAAGAGGAACAAGCAUCCGCGAUGGGCGAGCUGGAACCUCGGCGUCUUUAUCUGCAUUCGAUGCUCGGGUAUCCACCGUGGCAUGGGAACGCAUAUCAGCAAAGUCAAGUCCGUCGACCUCGAUACCUGGACCGAUGAGCAAUUGCAGAGUGUGCUGAAGUGGGGAAAUGCGCGGGCGAACAAGUACUGGGAGUCCAAGUUGGCGCCUGGCCAUGUCCCGUCCGAGGCAAAGAUUGAGAACUUUAUCCGCACAAAGUAUGAAUCGAAGCGCUGGGUCAUGGACGGGCCUAUACCGGAUCCGUCGACUCUGGAAGCUGACGAUGACGAUGUGCCACUGAAGAAGGUCCAGGAAAAGGUACAAAUUGAACGCUCGGCUUCGCAACGUCUCGCCCAAGGCUCCAGUCAGCCUCCUCGUCAAGCGCAGCCCCAACCGGCCAUCGACCUGUUCGGCGACGACCCCGUUCCUCAGCGACCGAGCACCGGACCGCCAGUGGCAGCAAGAGGGCCCCCAAAGGCGGAGACAGCCCCGCCCAAACAGCACAAAGCAGGAGAUUCAUUGCUAGGUCUAGACUUCCUGGGUGGAGGGUCGUCUGCGGCGCCCCCUCGACCAUCCAGUACAGGCCCCGCGGCUGCAGCACCGUCAAGACCGGACCUCAAGCAGUCCAUCUUGUCGCUAUACGCCUCGAAACCUGCGGCAGCAUCACAACCACAGCAACAUGCACGUGGAGACUCGUUUGGUGGAAUGGCUUCUCCGCCAGCGCAGACGUCCCCCCAGCAGUCGUCUUUUGGUGGCAUGAAUGAUGCUUUCAGCAGCCUUUCCUUCAACGCAGCUCCAGCACCCAAGCCAUCUCCAUUCUCUGGCCUCGACAGCUUCUCUAGCACGAAAUCGCCUCCCGCGACAUCUUCGUCCAAUAUGUUCGGGGGCGGAGGCAACUUCUUUGACUCCAAACCUGCAGCGCCGGCUCAGUCGCAACGCACCAUGAGCCCAUCCAGUGGUCUGGGUGACUUUGGCUCCUUCUCCUCGCCGGCGCCGUCCAAGCCUGCAGCCUCAUCUAUGUCCGGAAUGAACGACCUACUCGACUUGUCCAUGCCAUCUGCGCCCGCCACAUCUCCACCAGUCAACAAUGCCUUCAACCUGUCUUCACCUGCACCGACCCCUGCUCCCAAGGCCGCCCCCGCGCCCGCAGCAGUGAACUAUUCUGGUGUCUCCAACAUGGAUGCCUGGGGCGGUAAUGACGUUUGGUCAUCUCCUGCGCCUAGUCAGCCUGCAACUAAUGCUACCGCGUCACAUACCCAGGCAUCGACUUCUUCAUGGGGUGCGCCGGCUGUUGCACAAGAUGACGACUUUGGGGGCUGGAGCAGCGCAGCACCCACACAAACCACAACGACACAUACUACGACCACUCAAAGCAAGCCUGCAGGAGGAUUUGGCGGUGCAAGUGACGAUCUCUUUUCUAAUGUUUGGGAGUGA